AUGUCGUAUAGAGAAUUCUUACAAGGUUACGAAGAAAAAAACCAGCUCGCGGAGCUAAAGGACGCAAUUGACUACCAUCUCAGCUCUGGCGAUUUCGUAACAGCCUCCAACGCUUUCUGUCAGCUUGUCACUCUUGACGGGUACAAUCCUGCAGAGUGGGCGAAUUUAGGUCAUUGCUACCUCCUCUUAGAAAGGCUCGAAGAAAGUUUCAGAGCCUACUCCAACGCCCAUCUAAUAUGAAAAGAUUCAGCGCCAGCUCAACUUUGGUACGGACUCGGGCUUCUUUGUUACAAAUGUAGACUUUUUGAAAUGGCUGAGACGUACUUCGAAGCAGCGCUUAGAACUGAUCCCAAAUUUGAGUAUGCACCACAGAUAUACUUAAAGUUAGGCAUCAUUUAUGGUAUCUUGAAAAAAGUGAGGUAAAUUAGAGACAUUUUUCCAAUAAAAUGAUCUUUUUUUUUCUCGGAUUUAUCAUGCGAAUUCAAAAAUUUACCUUAUCCCAUCAUUUAUAAAAGCUCCAACCAAUAUCUCAAGGCAAUUACUUUUCUAACUCCCCCCCCCCUCUGUGAGUGAACAAAACCAUUAGAAAAAAUCGCUAUUUUUUGCCCAAAAACCCACCCUCCGUGAGUGAACAAAAAAUUUUUUUAAUAGAAAACAUUUUUUUAUGAAAAAAAUUUUGAUAUAUAAAUGAUAAUUAGUAUAAUGAAAUCUAGAGCUAAUUCUAUUUAAUUUUAAACAAAUUGCUUUUAAAACAUAAAUUUUAUAAAUUAAAUUAAUAUUUGCUUUCCAAUUUUUGCGAAUUAGGAUUUUUUUAAAUUUCGAAAAAAAUAUUUUUUAUAAAAAUUUAUAUAUAAUUUUUUUUAAAAAAAAACAAUUAACCCCCCUCCGUGAGUGAACAAAAAUUUUUUUGUUCACUCACGGAGGGGGGGGGGAGUAAGAAAUUGCCUCAAUACACAAGACCUAACUGAAGAGCAGAUUAUCGAGACUUUGUGCCAAAUCGGAAGCUGCUUGGAGAUUUCAAGGAAAGGAGAGGCACUGGAGCUAUAUAAAAUUGCGAGAAACCUAAAAACGAGCCUGAAAACAACUGUUUGCUUGGGAUGGGGAUUUUUUGUGAACUGGGAAUUUGACAAAGCCAUUUCGAUGUUUAACGAAGCUUUGAAUCUGGUCGAAGACCAAGAAAGCAAAGCCUAUUGUGACAUCUUAUACCUGAAGGCUCGGUGCCUAGUGGAGACCAAGUCAUUGCAGAGAGCGCUUUCAAUAUUUACUUCAAUAACCAGUAAAUAUCCCCAGGAACCUAUUUAUAAGAUGUCUCUAGUCGUCCUUUAUGCGGAGCUUGAGCAGUGCCAGAACGCCUUGACGUGCCUUUACAAUUGUUUGUCAUUGAAAUAUGACGAAAUUGAAGUGUACGUAAACCUAGGAAUCAUCAAUGAGCUUAUGUUGCAAAGAGAAGAGGCAAAGAAAUGAUACCAAAAAGCAGUUGACAAAAACCCUGGAAAUAGCAUUGCUGCUAACAGGCUUAAUCUUUUGAUUAAGCAAAAAAACAGGCCAAGAAAUAUUCCGAACCCUUACCAGCCAACUAUUGACAUCACAGAGUUUCCAUUCAGGCAUUCCGAAAGGAGCUUCCAGCCUCAGAUUUCAGUCCCAAAAGAUGACAAUCAGUCUGCGUUCAAGAAAAUCACUUUUUAG